ACAUCGCGAGAAGAUUGCGAGAUUCACAGGAGGGCUCCCGCAUCAAGCAAGCGCCGGCUUCCAUCGUGCAAACGGCAGAUAACACUGAAGUGGAUAAUGUAUUGAAAUAUUUGUAUAGGUCCGGAUUUCAAGUUGUUCUAUAUUUUUUAUACAUCGUUGUCGAGUUUGCGCAUCGCUGUUUUAUUGUUUUAGGGCACAACAAUCCAUUUAUAGUUAGGUAUUUUCUUAUAGAUAUCUAGCUAGCAAACGUCUCACAUUAUCAAUUAGCUAAGCUACAGUGAAAGAUGUCAGUGGUAGGGUUUGAUGUGGGCUUUCUGAGCUGCUAUGUUGCUGUUGCCCGAGCCGGAGGCAUAGAAACCAUAGCCAACGAGUACAGUGACCGAUCUACACCAGCAUGCGUGUCCUUUGGACCUCGCAACCGUUCUAUAGGUGCGGCUGCAAAAAGCCAGGUUGUCACAAACUGUAAGAACACGGUUCAAGGUUUCAAGCGGUUCCAUGGCAGGGCCUUCUCUGACCCGUAUGUGCAGUCCUCGAAGUCCAGCCUCGUCUACGAGCUUGCUCAAAUGCCCACGGGCACGACUGGCAUCAAGGUGAUGUACAUGGAGGAGGAGAAGGUGUUCAGUAUCGAGCAGGUGACUGCCAUGCUGCUGACUAAACUAAAGGAGACUGCUGAGAGCGCCAUGAAGAAGCCAGUGGCGGACUGCGUCAUCUCGGUACCCUGCUUCUAUACGGACGCAGAGAGGAGGUCCGUCAUCGAUGCCGCCCAGAUCGCUGGGCUCAACUGCCUGAGACUCAUGAAUGAAACCACUGCAGUGGCGCUGGCCUACGGGAUCUACAAACAGGACCUCCCCGCUCCAGAGGAGAAGCCCCGGAUCGUGGUGUUUGUGGACGUGGGUCACUCCGCGUACCAGGUGUCCAUCUGCGCUUUCAACAAGGGAAAACUGAAGAUCCUAGCCACGGCGUUCGACGCCGAGCUCGGCGGGAAGGACUUUGACGAGCUGCUGGUCCAGCACUUCUGCGAGGAGUUCAAGCAGAAGUACAAGCUGGACGUGAAGACCAAGCCCAGGGCCCUGGUGCGUCUCUACCAGGAGUGCGAGAAGCUCAAGAAGCUGAUGAGCGCCAACUGCUCGGACCUUCCCAUCAACAUCGAGUGCUUCAUGAACGACAUCGACGUCAGCGGGAAGUUCAACCGGGGCUCGUUCGAGGAGAUGUGCGCUGGGCUGCUGGCCAAGGUGGAGGGCCCUCUGCGCAGCGUCAUGGAGCAGGCCAAGCUGAGGAAGGAGGACAUUUACGCGGUGGAGAUUGUGGGCGGGGGCUCCAGGAUGCCGGCGGUGAAAGAGCGAGUCAGCAAGUUCUUCGGGAAGGAACUGAGCACGACCCUGAACGCUGACGAGGCCGUGGCACGGGGAUGCGCCCUGCAGUGUGCGAUCCUGUCCCCUGCGUUCAAAGUGAGGGAGUUCUCCAUCACUGAUGUGGUUCCCUACCCCAUUUCCCUCAAGUGGAACUCCGCUGCAGAAGAAGGCCUGAGCGAUUGCGAGGUAUUCCCAAAGAACCAUGCAGCUCCGUUCUCCAAAGUGUUGACUUUCUACCGCAAGGAGCCCUUCUCCCUGGAGGCUUACUACAACACUCCUAAAGAGCUCCCGUAUCCCGAUCCCACAAUAGGUCAGUUUGUGAUCCAGAAGGUGGUGCCCCAGGCCUCGGGGGAGAGCUCCAAGGUCAAGGUGAAGGUCAGAGUGAACAUCCACGGGGUGUUCAGCGUGUCCAGCGCCUCCCUCGUGGAGGUCCAGAAGUCUGCCGAGGGCGAGGAGCCCAUGGAGACCGACUCAGCCGCGAAGGAAGACGAGAACAAAAUGCAGGUUGACCAGGAGGAACAGAAGAAUCAAGGCGACAGCCAGAAGGAGAAUGAAGACAAGAAGUCCGAGACCGAGGAAAUGGAGACCACAACAGAAGAGGGGAAACAGGAGAAGAAAACUGACCAGCCGCCGCAAGCUAAGAAACCCAAAGUCAAAACAAAAACCGUCGACCUGCCCAUAGAGAACUCUCUGCACUGGCAGCUGGCCAAUGACAUGCUCAACCUCUUUGUUGAGAACGAGGGCAAGAUGAUCAUGCAGGACAAGCUGGAGAAGGAGAGAAACGACUCCAAGAACUAUGUGGAGGAGUACGUGUACGAGAUGCGGGACAAGCUCCACGGGGCUCUGGAGAAGUUUGUGAGCGAAGCCGAACGCGACGCUUUUUCAAUAAAACUCGAGGACACCGAAAACUGGCUCUAUGAAGAGGGAGAGGACCAACAGAAGCAGGUGUACAUCGACAAACUGGCUGAACUAAAGAAACACGGCCAGCCCAUCCAGGACAGAUACAUGGAGGCAGAAGAGCGGCCCAAGGCAUUUGAGGAACUCGGCAAACAGAUCCAACAGUACAUGAAGAUCGUCGAAGCCUUCAAGACAAAGGAUGAGUUGUACGAGCACUUGGAUGAGGCUGACGUCACUAAGGUGGACAAGACGGUGAACGACGCCAUGAUCUGGAUGAACAGCAAAAUGAACCAGCAGAGCAAGCAGGACUCCACCGCCGAUCCUGUGGUCAAAGUCCGAGAGAUUCGAGCCAAAACGAAGGAGCUGUUUUCCGCCUGCAACCCCAUCGUCACGAAACCCAAACCCAAGGUAGAGCUGCCCAAGGAUGAGAAGUCCGGGGAGCAGAACGGGCCGGUAAAUGGACAGGAGAGCGCGGAGGCGCAGCCGGCCAGCCCCGAGAAGGGGUCCGCGGCCGGGAACGCCGGGAACGCCGGCCAGCCCGCCCCCGAAUCCACGGAAGGCAAGCUGCCGGAGAUGGACAUUGACUAACCGCCAUGCGCGCCUCCCUGCUCGUCUCGGGCCCAGUGAAACGCCCGGAAUAUUAGCCCCUUCGACCAUUAUUUGAUGUUAUUUAGGCAGUCUGAUUCCUUCCAGUAAUACUCUACACAAUCUGCCGUCAUGGCAUGUUCCUCUUUUUAAUUUUAUUUUAUUUUUUUGUUAUUUUGUUUAAAAAGAUUUUUUUUUCUCGUUUUUUUUGGAAAAUAAAUUUACUGCAUAUCAAUCAGCCUGCUGUGUGACAUCAAGAUGUGAGUGCAGGGUGGAGCCUCGCCCUCCUGUGUGUCGUCGGCACGUCCGGUUUCAUAAGUUGUUUUCAACAUCUCAUCGCCUCAGCUCUUAUUACCGCUGUUUGAGAAUGUCAGCUCCAGAAGUACUGAGUAAAUUAGAAAAUAGAGUAAAUUAUAUGUUCAGGUUUAUGUGUUUAUCCUACCCCCCCCAACCACCCCCCCCCUUAAAAGGCACCUAGGGUGGUUCUCCCUGGAAACCUGGUUAAAGUGUUUUGGUGGGUUUUGAAAUCUAGUGGCGAUUUGAUCCAAUCAAACACUUUUCCCCUGGUUUUUAUCGAAAUCCACGGUGACUUUUUGUCCAGUAACCUUAAAUGAAUGUCAGUCGCCAAUUCGGUACAUGUUAAAAAAGUUAAAGAUCAAUUAUCUGAGAAAAGCCCUAUGUGUCCUUUAAGGUCAUGGAAAUGUUGGAUUGAUGUUUGUAGCACUGCAACUGAAAAAUGUAAGACAAAUGGAAAAAAAAAAAAAAAAAAUCAAUGUUGAUAUCGUAUGGGAAAUAAGCGCAAGACCGCAGAAAUAUUACUCUAGCAACUGUUCAUGGAAUGUUGAAUCUGAAAAAAUUGUUACUGUAAGACAGUAUUUUCAAUGUUUGAAGGAAAUUUCUGGUUGAGCAGGUAACCUUGGUUUAAUAUGAAUGGCAGCAAAAGAUAGGGUGAUUCUUCCCCCCCACCCCAUUCACCUUAACUAGGUAUCUGUAUAAAUGUGGGAGGUUUAAGGCGUUUGUCAAGUGUAAGACUACUACAACAGUAAGGUUAAAAGGAAAAAAUAAGUUCAUAUUUUUUUUUGACUUGGACUGUGGUGAUGGGAUUCCUUUCUGUAGAUCUGUGUGUUGUUUCCCGAACAAAAAGCAUUUCAGCUGAACUAUAAAAAAGCGAAACCUGAA